ACCUCCCAACACAUCAACUCUUCCUUGAGUCUGAUCACUAUAUACACACUACUCUUCAGCCUUUUCAUAUUUCAUAACACCCCUUUGCUACCAAACCAAUUCAGUGAUCUUUUUGCUUUGCUCUUUCCUGAGUUUGAAAACCUUAGAACCAUUUCAGUACACAACACUUUCUGUUCCUUAAUGGCAUCCAGUUCAAUCUCAGCCUCUGGCUCAUGGAGUGUUAAGGACAACAAGGCCUUUGAAAAGGCUUUAGCUGUUUAUGACAAGGACACUCCUGACCGUUGGUACAAUGUUGCUCAUGCUGUUGGUGGCAAAACUCCAGAGGAAGUGAAAAGGCACUACGAACUCCUUGUUCAGGAUGUUAAGCAUAUUGAGUCUGGACGUGUGCCAUUCCCAAAUUACAAGAAAACUACUUCAGGGUCAACUGAUCAGGAGGAAAAAAGGCUGAGGAAUUUGAAUUUGAACCUCCAGUGACCCCCCUCAAGAACAACAAAUUGAUUUUCUAAUUUUCAUAUCAACCAACAUCAUUAAUUUCCAGCAUCCCUGGUAGUACUACGUGGUGUUAUGUCACACAUAAUUGCUAGUGCAAUAGCAUCUUAGGCUAUAUUAGUCAUCAUAAGAAUCAUAUGUCCCGUGAUUCCAUCUGGUACUUUCUUGUCGUUGAAGCUUCCUCUUGAAAGGGUCAACGACCGUUUCAGUUCCUCAUCGUCCUAAAUAAAUUUAUAAUUUUAUAAUAUGCUUAAUUUAUUAUCA